CCGGUUUAGGUUAGGGUCAGCUGGCCCCCCGGCGGUCUUGCGCCCACGACCAUCACCAGACCCAUCCAGAAGUUUCACCCAUUACCGAUGUCCCAUUGUUCGGCGGAGGCAGGAACAUCAGCGGAGCGGAGACAGGCCUUGUCGUCCCAAAAUGGACAGGAGUGUAGUCAUACUCUCUAUUCGCGCACAAGUGUGCCACGAAGGUGAAAUCCAUAAAUUGGAAGGGAAGACGCGGCCAAACAGAACCAUGAAUCAUCAUCACUCAGCCAAUACAAACAGCACCCUCACAACCAAUACCAUCUAUCCUCUAUAACAACUCAACAAGCCUCAUCAUGGUGCAGUACGACCCAUUUGCUCCAUUAAUGGUUAACACCGAACUCCCAACGCGGAGUAAGAGUACCUCUGGCGGGACAACUCCCAGCCUUGUCGAUAGCCCGAUCACAAUUGAAGGGGCUGAUCUCUUCAACAUCGGCGGACGACAAAGCAGUCCCAGCACACCACAUUCACGAAAAGAAGGAUCACCACAUCAAGGUAAGCCCGAGAAAUUCACAGAUUUAUCCAAUGAGGACCGAGACUGACUCCGCUCGAUUAGAUGGCUCCCAUCAUCCAGUCAAUCCGCAUUUAAGGAGACUAUCCAGCAGCCACGCACCAUAUGAGCACUACUGCUCCAGCUGCCACAUGCGUCGGCCUUCUCAAGAGCUCCUCUCAAUCACAACAGACACAGUCGAUGACUUUUGUCCGGAUAUAGCGAUGCCGAAAUGCCAACGGCCUGCUAUGCAUCACACACGAAGACAUUCUGGUCUCUGCCCUGAAAACUUGGUGGCACAAGAGUUCUCGGAUGGGACGCACUCGCCAACACAGAUGACGGUCAAGCCUAGAGCGUGCCGACACAACUCGUCCGGCUACCACCACGACUGCCACUGCGAAAGUGUCAAACCCGUGGACAAUCUGAGUGCCCGGUACGGCAUUGACGAUCACUCUGGUCCAAUCAAGGUGCGAAGGCAAAGCACCGAACAAGAAGCCAUGGACCAAGUCAGUGAGAUCAUGCACGAGGAGAUGCUGGCUGACAUGGAAGCCAGACAGUCCCGGCUCUGAACAUAGGAUAUGCAGCAUGAUGUCACGUCACGGAUUAUUUAUGAAUUGGAUCAUUGGGAUGUCUUUUACAGACACUAUAGCAACAGUCUCGGAUUGGAGUUAUGAAUUGGACUCUGGGCGGCGGAUCGAUCCCAUGGGACUGGCUUGUGUCAAUUGAUGAGUAGCGAAAUAGCACAACUACUUACUUGUGCGAGACUGGGCCCUGUGCUGGUUAGCCAGGAGCCCCAGGCCACGCGAUGAGAAAAGAAUAUAUUGCUUCAAGCUUUA